AUGUCAAAGAAAAUCGGGGUUCAGGGCGAUUUUCAAAUCGAUAAUAAAUUUCAAAUCAAGAAAAAAAUUGGAAGUGGCUCAUUUGGCGAAAUUUUCCUUGGCUGCAAUCUCCAAACAAAUGAAGAAGUUGCAAUAAAAAUUGAAAAUGUAAAUUCUCGGCAUCCCCAGCUUCUCUAUGAAUCUAAAAUUAUCAGAAUUUUGCAAGGAGGGCCAGGCCUUCCUCGAGUCCAUUGAUAUGGCAUAGAAGACGGCUUUAAUGUGAUGGUGAUGGAUUUAUUAGGUCCUAGUCUUGAAGAUCUGUUUAAUUGCUGCAAUAGAAAACUAACAUUGAAAACAGUAUUGAUGGUCGCUGAGCAAUUAAUAUGUAGAGUUGAAUAUGUUCAUUCUAAAAAUUUUUUGCAUCGAGAUAUUAAGCCAGAAAACUUCUUAAUUGGAACAGGGAAAAGAAGCACACUAAUACAUAUCAUUGAUUUUGGACUCGGGAAGAAAUAUAGAGACCCUAAAACGCAUAAGCACAUCCCUUAUAUUGAAGGGAAAUCCUUGACUGGAACAGCAAGAUAUACAUCUAUCAACACACAUAUGGGGAUUGAACAAAGCAGAAGAGACGAUAUGGAAGGAAUAGGAUACGUCCUUGCAUACUUUUUGAGAGGAUCUCUUCCAUGGCAAGGCAUUGCUGCAAAUUCGAAGCAAGAAAAAUAUAGAAGGAUUAUGGAAAGAAAAAUGAAUACUCCCGUUGAAACUUUAUGUCGCAGCUUUCCUCCAGAGUUCGUCGCGUAUAUAAAUUAUUGCCGAGGAUUAAAAUUUGAAGACAGACCAGAUUAUGGCUACUUAAGGAGAAUAUUCAAAGAUUUAUUCAUAAGAGAAUCAUAUGAAUAUGAUUAUCUUUUCGAUUGGACUUUAGUCAAUUUUAAUGGCAUGAGAAAGCGUAAAAAGGUAGAAGAAGAAACAAAAGAGCCAGCAAAAAGAGACACAAGCCCUACUAGGGAGCCUGGAAAAGACGAAGAAGAAAGAAACAUUAAAAACGUCCCAGUGAAAACUGAAAAAAAAAAGAAGUCGAAAUGCAUAGUAUUUUAG